CGCCCCGCGCUCAGGUCGGCCGCCGCCCAGCGCACCUCGCGUCCCUGCCAGGCCCCCGGGGCCCGCUUCCUCGGUCACCAUGACGGCGGCUGUGUUCUUCGGCUGCACCUUUAUUGCCUUUGGGCCUGCGCUCGCCCUCUACAUCUUCACCAUCGCCACCGAGCCGUUGCGCGUCAUCUUUCUCAUCGUCGGAGCUUUCUUCUGGUUGCUAUCUCUACUGCUUUCCUCCCUUGUCUGGUUCAUGACAAGAACCAUUACUGACAACAAAGAUGGACCAGUACAGAAAUAUCUGCUGAUGUUUGGAGUGUUAGUCUCAGUCCUUAUCCAAGAAAUGUUUCGGUUUGCAUAUUACAAAAUUUUAAAAAAAGCCAAUGAGGGUUUGAAAAGUAUAAACCCAGAUGAGACAGCACCUUCUAUGCGAUUGCUGGCCUAUGUUUCUGGCCUGGGCUUCGGAAUCAUGAGUGGAGUCUUUUCCUUUGUUAAUACCUUGUCUGACUCCUUGGGGCCAGGCACGGUAGGCAUUCGUGGAGACUCUCCCCAGUUCUUCCUCAAUUCAGCUUUCAUGACGCUGGUUAUCAUAUUGCUGCACAUUUUCUGGGGCAUUGUAUUUUUUGACGGCUGUGAGAAGAAAAAGUGGUACACCCUUCUUGUAGUUCUCCUGACCCAUGUGCUGGUGUCAGCCUUGACCUUCGUCAGUCCGCAUUAUGGGAUAAGCCUGGUGGCGGCGUAUGUGAUCGUGGUGCCCAUGGGCAUCUGGGCGUUCUUCGCGGCCGGAGGCAGCUGCCGAAGCCUGAGGCUGUGCCUGCUCUGUCAGGACAAGGAUUUCCUCCUUUUCAACCAGCACUCCAGAUAACCUCCCGAACCAGCGCCUCCCCAACAGGGUAUAUUCUUCAAGGCCCAGCGAUCUCAGCCUAUAGAAUCAGGCCCAGCAAAUGCCUCAAGACCACUUGCUCUUCAAGUGACGUGGGGAAAAGAGGACGAGAGCAGCCCCAUGCCAGGGACGAGCGCCUACCAAGCUCUGCUUCAUUUUGUACUUUGUUCGUAUUUUGACACAAGACACAUCCUCUCCACGUGAAGACCUGCUGACUUUCAGCAAUUGAGCAGCUGUUUAUUGAACACCUAUUAUGAACAGGGAUUGCUGUGGGUCUUUGGGCUGCCAAGGUGAACACAACCCUAGGACCCCUCUGCCCAAACUUGUUUUCUAGUGGGGAAGAAUUUAAUAAAUCCACUGGGAUGCUCCAGAUUGGAAAAAUUAG